CGGCCUUUAAUUAAGUUUGCCACAUGCUAGCUAUUGCACAUUGAAGGCAACACAUUUAUAUUGGAUACUAAUUGACUGCAGAAUGGGGGAAGGAGAUUUGGAUGAGCUGACACCGUCUGUGCUGUGGGCACAGAGAGAGAAGAUGAUUAUCAUCACUGUCAAAUAUCAGCUGACAGAGAGACCUGACUUCACGAUCAAAGAGGACUACAUGACCUUCAAAGGGGAGGGGAUGGGAUCAUCGGGGAGGGCCACUUACAAGUUUGAGUUGGUCUUCUACGAACCUCUGGAAUCAGACAAAUGUCGAGUCAAGUUUGGUCAGAAUGAGGUGGAGUUUCGUCUCGUGAAGAAAACCGGAGGUACGUGGCCACGCCUACAAGUAGCGCACGAACGUCCCCACUGGAUCGCGAUUGAUUUUGAGCACUGGGAGUACCAACCAGAGAGUGAUGAUGAGGAAAGUGGGACAGAGGGAAUGUCACCGGAAAUGGAGAAGACCAAAGCAGAAAUGAAGGAACUUGAAGCAGAAAUGAAGAAGCAGACAGAGAAGAUCAACUCUAUCACUGACAUCCUGGUGAAGGUCAAGAUAGCGUACCUGCUGUUGUACAAUGGAGUACAAUGGAGUGGGUUCAUUCUCAUCGUACUGGCCCUCUUAAAGUGCUUCAGGGGAGGAAUGGAGGGCAUAUUGAUGGCGUACGAGAAGACUGGAGACAUGAUGCUGUUUUGUCAUUCCUUGAUGCUUCUGGAGGCGGUCCACGCCAUGCUCGGGCUCGUCAAGAGUGGUGUGUCCUCCACAACUAUUCAGGUGGUUGGUCGCUUCCUGAUGGUGUAUGUAGUGGUGGUCCCGUCAGUGGAGAUUCAUUAUCAUCCCAUCAUCUUCUGUCUGUUCCUCGCCUGGUCGCUCAUAGAGGUCAUCAGGUAUCCCUACUAUGCCCUGUCAGUGCUUAACAUAGAGGUGGGUGCUCUGAGCUGGUUGAGGUACUCCGCCUGGAUCCCCCUCUACCCCAUAGGAUUCACUCUGGAAGCCAUAUCAACGUAUUUGUCUUUGGAGCAUUAUGACCACUCUGAUGACUUCAAGGUCAGCCUGCCCGCCCCCUUGAACUUUAACCUCCCAUCUCCCUCCAUCGUACUGAGGAUUGCACUGUUCAUCAUUCCUAUCAUUGCGUACAACCAGAUCACCUACAUGUUCGCUCAACGGAAGAAGAAGCUUGGCAAAGCAAAGACAGACUAACUGAUGCUGGUAGCUAUAGUGACAAUAGGAUAAUAAUAGAUUUUCCAUGUUUCUUUAAUUCUUUAUUAUUGUAAUUUGUGUGAAUAAGUGUUUUGGAUGGAAUUAUAGAAUCUGUUAA